CUUCACAAUCCAACUAAAUAAAUAUGGCUCCCCCGCUGCAUAUAUGAGCCUCUCUACAUAUAAGAGAUAUAAUUGAGCUGGAUUUCCUUCUUUUUGUUCUUGGCAUCUUGCCCUGUUCUUGGAUAUGUCGACCUUGACUGAAGCCGACACAAUUGUCUUAAAGAACCUCCGAUACGACAUUCAGAACGACAUCCGAGACUCGAGCACAGCAGCUGCAGAAGCACAACCCAAUCGGCCCAAAUCCGACGACGAUGACGACUCAGUGAGGCCCAUCCUGGAGCAAUUGAGUGUGGAAUCCUCAGCCUUCACUUCAUGGGACAAUAACGAAAUAAAUCCGACGCUGGAUCGUCUGGUGGUGCAACCUUAUCUCGCAUGGGCUUCGAAACUUGUACGACAGAACCCAGACACUGUAUUCAUCACACACAUAAUAAUACACUUCACGACGCUUUUGCCAAGCGCCUUAUACCUAUACUACAGCUUCUCGUGGCUUCAUGCCGUCCUCCACACCGUUUAUGCCGUGUGGAACGCCGGCCCAUUUACGCUGCUUCUUCACAACCACAUACAUAAUAACGGCUUGCUCGGAAAACAAUAUGCCUUCUUCGAUCGCCUCUUUCCAUAUAUCACGGGACCUCUGAUGGGUCAUACCUGGGAUUCAUACUAUUACCACCAUGUCAAGAUGCACCACGUUGAGGGGAACGGCCCCGGAGAUCUCUCGUCCACCAUCUACUUCCAGCGUGAUGAGCCCCUGGAAUUCAUCAGGUACUUCGUUCGGUUCCUGGUGUGCACCUGGCUGGAACUGCCAAUUUACUUCUACCGCAACAAGAAAUACGAUUUAGCCGCAAAGGCAUUGAUAUCGGAGUGCUCCUCGAUGGGCUUUAUAUACCUCGCGGCCCAGCUGAACACCCGCCCAACAGUUUUUGUACUUCUACUACCAUUCUUCAUAAUGCGCCUCGGGAUGAUGAUCGGGAAUUUCGGACAGCAUUGCUUAGUCGACAACGUGGACCCCAUGUCCGACUUCCGCUCUAGCAUCACUCUCAUUGACGUCCCCAGCAACCGCCACUGCUUCAACGACGGCUACCACACCUCUCACCACCUCAACCCACGGCGCCACUGGAAAGCCCACCCCGCCGCCUUCCUCAAAGCCAAGCCCACCUACCAGGCCGAGGGCGCGCUGACCUUCACCGACAUCGACUACCUGAUGAUCACGUACCGGUGCAUCACCAAGGACUUCGACCAUCUCGCGCGCCGUCUGGUGCCGAUGGGCGCGCAGAUCGGGAUGACGCAUGAGGAGAGGGUGGAGAUGCUAAGGAGUAAGACGAGGAAGUUCACCCCUGAGGAGAUUAAGCUCAAGUUUAUGAAGAAGGGGGAGAGGGCGUCGGCGGCUGCGGUUGCGGCUGCGGCGGUGCCGGUGCCGGUGCCGGUGGUUGGAGGGGUGAAGGGGGCGAAGGUGGGGAGGUCGAGGAGGGAGUCGGUUACGGCGGCGGCGGUGAAGGCGGGGGCGUCGAUUGGGGAGGGGUCGGGGAGGGUGGUUAAUCAUGAGAUAGUGAGCCGUCGGCUAUAA